AUGGAAUGUGAUAAUUUAGAAGAGUAUCAGUCAUGUCGAAAGUUAGACUUUGAAGGUAGAAAAAAUAUUGAAGCUAAGGAAAGAAUAGAGAUAAUUCAUUCUAAAAUUUUAGAUGAAGAAAUACCAAAAAUAGAUAUGGAAUUUGGAAGUGAAGAAGAAGCAUAUACUUUUUACAAUUCCUAUACUUUUAAGGUUGGAUUUAGUAUUCGUAGAAGAUACCGCAGAAGAGAUAGACGAGAUAUGAAUUUAAAGUAUCAUAGAGCUGAGACAAGAUUUGGGUGUUUAGCAAGAAUGAAAGUUACUUCUCGUCAAACUGAUAAUUAUCGUGCAAUUGAGUUUGUUGCAGAACAUACUCAUGUAACAUCGAGUCCUAAUAAGAGUCAUUUGCAUAGAUCACAUAGAAGAGUGGCUGCUGCUCAGGUAGCUGAAAUCGAUAUGGCUGACCGUUCAGGGAUCACUCUAAAAGAAAGUUGUGAAUUAAUGGCAAGGAGAGCUGGUGGACGAGAAAAUCUUGGUAUGAUUCCACUUGAUUAUAAGAAUUAUUUACGGACUAAACGGAUGAUCCAAAUGAGACUAGGAGAAACAGGUGGUGUUUUAGAAUAUCUUCAGCGCAUGCAAUCAAAAGAUCCAAACUUUUUUUAUGCUAUACAAGUUGAUGUAGAUGAUUUAAUAACUAAUGUUUUUUGGGCGGAUGCUACUAUGAUAACAUCGUACUUUCAUUUUGGUGAUGUUAUUAGUUUUGAUACUACAUAUCGGAAAAACCAAGAAGGAAUACCUUUUGCUAUGUUUCUUGGAGUAAAUAAUCAUAAACAAACAACUGCUUUUUGGGACUACACUCUUAUAUGA